CUAAAAAUUUGCAACAGUUGCAGUUAACAAUGUUGGUUUAUCAUAAAGGUUACAGAUCGAGUAAAUGUGUUAUCACUCGGUAUAUCCACAUAGCCAGAAUUACAGAUCUGACGCAUGGACCAAAUGGAGUUCUGGGUUAAAAGCGGUAGCGAUGGAAGGAAAGAGAAGGAGGGUGGCCGCAUGCGCAUCCUUCGGAAUAGCGAGUCUCUCGGGCCACCCCCGCCGAUUAUGGAUGUUUAGUAUCGACGUUGUUGCUAGUGUGUCGUCGUUUCCUCCCGCUUCUGAUUGCAAAUUCCGGAUAUAAUUGUGCGACGAGAGUAUUUUUUUUUCUUUUUCUGCUGAGACAAUGAACGAGAUCGCAAGACAGAAACCGCAGCUGAUCGGCGAGAUGCGAUUAUGUGUCCGCCUGACUGCCACACUGCCCAUUAACAUCCAUCGUCAUCAUUAACCAUGGUUCUGCGUGACUUGGAUUUGCCUGGACGAGCAACAUGCCGAGCAACGACUACUCAGGAAGGACGCGGCGGAUGUGUACACGUGUCGCGACGAUAGCGACCACGACGUUGCUUCUGCUCACGCUGAAUAUCAAGUGCAUAGAUACUACCGAGAGUUUGCAGCAAGGAUGCAAAUUAGAAGGCCUUCACCCCCUCCUCAUCGUUACUUAUAAAGAGAUCACUAUAUCUGUAGACAAAAUCACUGUACCUCACAAUGAACGAGUUACAGUAAGAUGUCGAGAGUUGGGUAAAUAUAAACUCAUCGGCGACUCUUUAUUACACUGCCGUAAUGGCAUGUGGAAUGGAAAGACACCUCAUUGCGUGCCUACCACGGACAUCUCCAAUUACACCGAAGACGUACCACCAACUAUUCUCUUCGGCUUACCGACGGGUUCGGCCGCCGUAGAACCCACCGGAGCGCUUGCCGUUUAUCCGGGAAGCAUCCUGCACCUGGAAUGCCUUUUCGCGAGAAAGCUCGGCAAUCCCGAAUGGACAUGGACAUCAACUCUCCGUCGAUAUCUGACGGGAUGGGCAAUUUCUGCGCGUGAAAGAGACUGGAAGUAUCGUCUAUCAAUAUACUACGCUAAAUCCCAGGAUUCUGGAAUAUACACGUGUUCCACCCCCAAGGGACUGAAUAAUUCAAUACGAGUUCGUGUCACAGAUGUUCAGUGCUCGGUAUUGAGCGUUCCUGAACCGCCAUUAAUCAGUCACAUCGAAGGCAGCCGAAUGGGACAAAGUGCCACUUUUGAGUGUCCAGUAGGAUACAGAUUAGACGGUGCUUCCGGUAUCACAUGCCAAUACAAUGGAAAGUGGUCGGCGGAUGUGUCACGUUGCGAGGAAAUCGAAUGUCCACCGAUGGACAUUCCGGAUAAUGCUCUCCUGCAAUUGAUUGAACACAAUAACACUUAUGGCGGUAGAGCUGUCUUUACUUGUAUGUGGGGACAUAAACUUUCGGGCUCGCAAAGUAUAACAUGUGAGGGAGACGGCAGGUGGAAUGGAUCUAUGCCAACUUGUUUGGAAAUUACUUGCCCUAUGCCGGAAACACCACAAAGCGGGCGUAUCAUCGAAGAAAUACGAUAUUCCAACAAGAAACAGCAUCGCGAUCGAAUAUACAAAGUCGGCGUUCUCGUAAGAUUUGCUUGUUUACCAGGUCACCAAUUGAUAGGGGAAGCAUCCAUCAUAUGUACCGAGAACGGAACCUGGUCUCACCGUUCGCCCGUAUGCAAGGUAAGAUGUCCUUACCCAGGUGAUCCUCCACAUGGCCGAAUCGCUCCUCUUAAAUUUUGGUACAAACCAGGAGACAAUAUACAGGUAACAUGUUCACCUGGAUAUGUAACUCCACUAGAACCAGUGAAAAAACCAUCGUGUCGAGAAAAUGGCAUUUGGAGCGCACCACCACCACCUUGUCGAUCCUAUAAAGAAGUGUAAGCGCGAGAACGAAUUACUCAAGUAUUUCAAAGAAGAAUUUAUAGUUAUACUCGUACUAUUUUAUGUUAUCGAUGAAAAAAAUGACACUCACAAUAUUCAUUACGGGUAGCAGACGUGCAUGAACACGAAGAAGAAUCAUUUGUUUUGUUUCAAAUGGUUACGCAUGUAAUAAUGUCCCAGUGGUCAGACAUGUCACAAUCUUUGACUAUGUAUUAACAGAACAGUUAUUAUUCAUUAUCAUAAAUACGCAGAAGUAAUAUUUAAAAAAAACAUUGAUGAAAUAAGUUGACAUAUAAAAGGAUAAGAAAAAAGUAUUAUUUUGAUAGAAAAAAUUAUAUCUUUAAUAAUGAUUAACUUUUAAAUGUCCGGUCACUGGGUCAUUUAUCUUAUAAAGUUACCAAUUUUAUCAGAUGAUGAGUAUAGUUGCAGUCACGAUUUAUCGAAUCGAUCAAUAAUCACGAAUAGAUUACGAGAAGGAAAUGUCUUGCGUCAAAUAUAGAUCACAGAACGAUCGUAUUCUGUUCAAAAUACUUCCACAGAUAUAUCGAUUUUAAUAAAAAUAAAAUCCCUUUUUAACAACACAUUCUUUUAAUAAAUAUUUUAAUGCGAUUAUUUUCAUUUAUUUAAUGCAUUCGCUAUAGGUAUCACUGUAAGUAUCAUUCACACGUCCAGUGCAGCGUUAAUAAAGUAAACAAUCUGUCUUUUUUUGUAAAUUUUAAGGGAUAGAAAAAUGAGAAAAAUAAAUAUCAAAGCAGCUAAGAAAAAGCAAAAAUAAAUAAAUAAUUAUU